AUGACGGAAGAAGGUGUCCAAGAGGGCUUUAAUCUUGCGAACUCUUUACUUUUUGUACCCCCUGAGCCACUUUUGCAAAAAGAGCAAGACAUAAUUCAGACUCCAACUGUACCAAAUGUAGCUACACCCGAUCAUAAAAUCUCACCUACCUCGAUGGUAACAGACAUUAACGAGCAGCAAAGCUCAGAGGGCAAAGUAGUCAAGUUAUUUUCCGGCCAAAUGGUGAACCUAGAACGAAGGGAGUGUACCGAAGCGCAAUCUACAGGCAUUGAAGAGAGAAGCAAACUUUACAUGGAUAUGGACUCGCUUUUUGCAAGAGUUGAGCUUAAGAAUAAAAUCAAGGAGAACUCAUCAAAACUAGACUCAAAAAAGGAGCGUAAUAAAUCUAAAUAUAUGCCCUUAUGGACCGAAAAGUACAAGCCGCAAAACUUUUUACAAUUGUGCCCUGCUGGAAAUGAGAGACAAUACCGAUUAAUUAUGCGAUGGAUACAAAAAUGGUCUCCUUCGGUAUUUGGCGAAAAAGUUAAAGAAACAGAUGGUACGGAUUCACUAGGUAGGCCAAAUCGAAAGAUUUUGUUAAUACAUGGACCGCCGGGGGUGGGCAAGACUGUUGCUACUCAUAUUUUGGUGCGUCAAAUGGGUUACAAUAUCCAGGAACUAAAUGCCAUGAACAGUAUGGACACUCUUCCUCAAGGAUCCUUCAACAAUUCAGCAGGGAGCAAUGCCUAUUCAAAUGCGUCUAAUGCUUUGAAGUUGAAGAUUCAAAACACAUUAACAUCCAAUGCAGUGUCCAAGAAUGGAAAACCUUUCUGCUUACUUAUAGACGAAUUGGAUUCAUUAGCUAAUACAAAUGAUGUUGUCAAAAUCUUGCAAGACGUUGUAAAUGCAGACCAACGAGCAUAUGCAAAACAAAGGUAUUUGAAUGGGAAUAACGAUAACAAUCAAAAGAGGCCGAGGAAGGCCGAUAGGAUACUAAACAGACCCAUUAUAUGUAUUGCCAAUGAUAUAUACUCGCGACAGCAAGGAAAGUUUGGACCCAAUCCUUUGGAGAAGAUGAGAUCAAUAUCCGAUGUCGUCACGUUUCGGAAACCGGCCAUUGCACAAAGAGCAACUGGUGCGAGAGUCAGUGGCAGUGCAAUGAAAUCAGUCAAAGAUUUUUUAAUGUCAGUCAGCGAAAGAGAACGCAUGGGAUUGGAUUACAAGGACAUUAGUGAAAUUUGCGAAGUAUGUGAUGGAGAUUUGAGAGCUUGUUUGAAUCAAAUGCAAUUUUCAGGAAGACGCCUGUCUUCUAAUAUGAACAUCAAAAAGAUGUCCACAAAAGACAAGCAUGUGUCUUGGUUCACAAUGGUGGAAGAUGUAUUCAAGAGAGACCCUCAAUUGAAAAAAGAGGAAAAUUUCAAUUUACUUUUGCAAAAGUACAUGGAUGGGAAUGGAAAAUCAAUUACUGGUAGUAUUGACCUGUUUGACAAAUUCAUAAAUGGGGUAUUUAACAAAUACCUAGAUAUUGUUCACUUGCAAGAUGAUACUUUACUUAGACCUAGUGAGCUUAGUGACUGGUUUCAUUACCAAGAUUGUUUUAACAACAGCUUUAACGACGCAAAUCAAUACAGCUCUUUGAUAACUUUAAAGAGUUGGACUUUAUUAAGUGAUUUGAAAAAUUAUGGCGAAAUCAAGCUGUUAAUUCCCAAUGCUAAAAAUUUGUCGUUUGAGACCUUUGAAAAAUUGAAGGAGAACCGUCACAUCGUUAAAACUCUAACUUCAAAUAUACCAGCCGCUAUGAGGUCAGCAAUUGGAAGCAUGAACGACGAAAACGUCGCAAACUAUUUUCUCCCUUGUCUCACAAAGAUCCUUACCCCUAGUUUGUCAUCGAAAUCAAAGGGUAACCUAAGCUCAGCUGAGGUUGAGAAGCUUCAAAAGAUUGUUUCGUUAAUUGAGACUUUUAAAUUCACUCUUGAAACCAAGAGGGAUUUUGAUUCGGGCCAAACAGAAUUAAAGCUUGGGCCAGAUUGGGAUUCCCUUUCGGUUUUUGACACAUUUGUCGCUGGAAGAUCAAGCGCAAUUGAAUGCAAACAACUUCAGCUUAAACGCCAAACAUUGUUCCCGUUGAUCAGUGCAGCGUUGGAAGGCUCGACAGCAUCUUUGCAAAGUCAAAAACGCAAGUUAGAAGACAUUGGGGACACAAAAGUAACAAAGAAAGCAAAAGUAACACUACGAGAGAAUCAAACUUUCAAGUCCCAAUAUGAUGACGUUAAGUCUGCUACAAAAUCAGACAAUGAAAUCACGAAACAUGUGCCUAGAAUUUGGGUGAACUUUAAUGAAGGUUAUUCAAAUGCCGUUAGAAAAGAAGUUAAUUGGAAAGACAUCUGGUUGCCAUAA